CCUCUACGCAUGACAAUUUACAGUCUUCCUGUUCGCUCGUGGCUAGAGGACGUUGGUGUCACAGAGGAGAGGGGCUCUAUAGGUAUUUAUAUUUUCACUAAAGUAAGAAAAGAAGUAACAGAAACAAAAUGUUUUCCCGUGCCGUGAGACCUACAGUUAGCCUUGCCCGGAGCUUGUCCACCUCUUCGCAGAACAACGCCAAGGUGGCGGUGCUGGGAGCUUCAGGCGGCAUAGGCCAGCCGCUAUCUCUGCUUCUCAAGAAUAGCCCCCUGGUGAGUCACCUCUCCCUGUUUGAUAUUGCCCACACCCCCGGGGUGGCUGCAGACCUUAGCCACAUCGAGACAAGGGCCCAGGUGUCCGGCCACAUGGGUCCCGACCAGCUUGAUGCUGCACUUCAGGGCUGCGACGUCGUGGUCAUACCCGCCGGUGUGCCCAGAAAACCUGGCAUGACCCGUGAUGACCUCUUCAACACCAACGCCACCAUUGUAGCCACCUUGGCCGAUGCCUGCGCCCGCAACUGCCCCGAAGCUAUGAUCUGCAUAAUUGCCAACCCCGUUAACUCCACCAUCCCUAUUACAUCAGAGGUCAUGAAGAAGCAUGGAGUGUACAACCCCAACAGAGUGUUUGGUGUCACAACCCUGGACAUUGUCAGAGCAAACGCCUUCGUGGCAGAGCUCAAAGGCCUUGACCCGGCUCGUGUCAAUGUACCAGUCAUUGGAGGUCACGCUGGGAAGACCAUCAUUCCCCUCAUUUCCCAGUGCACACCAAAAGUAGAGUUCCCUGCUGACCAGCUGUCUGCUCUGACCGGCAGGAUCCAGGAGGCCGGCACAGAGGUGGUGAAGGCCAAGGCCGGAGCCGGAUCUGCUACCCUCUCCAUGGCCUAUGCUGGUGCCCGCUUCACCUUCUCCGUCCUGGACGCCAUGAAUGGAAAGGAGGGUGUGGUGGAGUGCUCCUAUGUCAGGUCUGAGGAGACAGAGUGCAAGUAUUUCUCCACACCUCUUCUCCUGGGGAAGAACGGCAUUGAGAAGAACCUUGGGCUGGGCAAGCUGACUGCCUUUGAGGAGAAGCUGGUGGCUGACGCCAUGGAUGAGCUGAAGUCUUCUAUCAAAAAGGGCGAGGAUUUUGUGGCUAAUAUGAAGUGAACAGGGCGCAUUAACUUAGUUUAAAACAAACAGCUGUGAAUGAUAAUUUGUUUCAUCUGAACUUAAAAGGCCUCUGGGUAAAUCACAAGAUCUGUCACAGUGUUUCCUCUUUUUGUUUUUAUUUUAGCAGUAGGGUCAUGUUAAUUCAAAUAUCCUGGUUUUAACCAUGGCCCUUUUUGUUAUGUAUCAUUUCCUGUACCUUUUCAAAUGUGGCUUUAUCUUGCACCUCUGAUUUGUGUACAUACUGUACUGUGACUUAUCUAUAUUUUGCAAAUGUCAAAUUUAAACAAAAUUUCAUAUAUUUUCAUGUACAGUCUGUAUUAGUGGGGAUUUCGCUGCUGAAUGAAUGAGGAAAUACUGUUAUCAUGCCCGCUGAUGAAAAUAGAUGUUAUUGAUAAGCAAAAUACUUCACCAAUAAACAGCUUUAAAAAAUGA